GGACACGAAGCCAGCCGCCGCCAGCGUCCGAAUACCGGAAGUAAACAUCGCAACUUCCGGUCUGACGAACGGAGCAGCGGCUAACAGUGCGGCUAAGAGGAGGAGAUCGUGAGUUACAGCACUUGAAUGCUGUUAGAGACACCAAAAGCCUCCAGCCGCAUCUGCAUAGGUACGCCAGAGACGCGCCACAGACGCGCCACAGACAGGCCACAGCCAACUGAUGAAGCUGCAGGGAAUGCAGGUUCUUCUUCUGCAAGCCGCCCUCCUCUAAGGCGGCCAUCACAGGGCUCUGUGACUUUAACUAGGAGGCCCACUAAGACGCGGCGUGUGGAGUCGGAAUCUGCGCCUCCUUCUUCACCACCCAGGCGGCGCAUCUCGGCAGUCUUGCCCCAGCCACCACAGGCAAUUUUGGCUAGUCCCCAAAGUGAUGAGCCACGAUCACCUCAGCUGUCUGAACCAACCUUCAUGGGAGACAAUGACCAGCAGGAACCAGACCAACAGGCAACCUAUACACUGCAACUUACGUCCGUUGAUCCUACCCAGCCAACCCAGCCGCAGGAUAUGCCCCAAGCCUCCUUAAGUCCACAAUUGAUACCAACUCCACCCCAGCAACAAAUGUCCGCUGACUUUUGGUCCAGUUGGGCAACACAACAGGCCCAAAACACUGCCUGCCUGAACACACACACACACACACAACACCUUGCCAGUCUGCCCCAUCAUCUUCCGCGCAUUAGUCGGAACUCGGGCAGACUGAUUGUUCAGGUAGGCAGAAUUGCGACAUCGAUGGAGCAAAUCAGGGCGGACAACACGCAAAUGCUGGCAAAUUUGACGCGCAUCAUCGAUGAGCAACAGCGGCAUCAACAAGCCCUGAUACAAGUGAUCCAACACAAUCAGGUAGUAAAUGAGACUUUGUCUAGGAUUGUGGCCAGCCACACUGCCAGUAAUAAUCAACUGAAUGCCAGUAUACAUAACUUGAGCCAAAGCAUCACUCUGAUGUCAGCACAACAUCUCAGCUCCAGCUCAGGAACGACUACCCCUAGCCAGACCCCAGUUACCUCCCCUGUUCGACGAUCAUCCAGAACACGGGCCAGCGACCCUGCUCAAACCUCGGCACCCAGCACACAAAAGAAAAAAAAAAUGAAUCUGACAUGACAUUUGUGUAACACAAUAAAAAUUUAAAUAUUGUCUUCACCAAAAA